AUGGAUUAUAAUGACAUCCCGCAGCUCUGUGUCAAAGAAUCCAACCGCAAGUUUCGCAGCUGGUUCGUGCCGACCUUCUACUCAAUCAUCUGCUUUCUGGGGCUGGUUGGAAACCUCCUGGUCAUCCUCACCUUCCUCUACUUCAAGCGUCUCAAGACCAUGACUGAUGUGUACCUGCUCAACCUGUCAAUCGCAGACCUCGUCUUUGCUCUGUCCCUCCCCUUUUGGGCAGCUAACUCCAUUGCAAAAUGGGAGCUGGGCAUAGGGGUGUGCAAGCUGAUGAACACCGUUUACAAAGUCAGCUUCUAUAGCAGCAUGUUCCUGUUGUCAUUCAUCAGUGUUGACCGCUACUUCGCGAUCUCCAAGGCAGUCUCCGCUCAUCGUCACCGCUCCAGCGCAAUAUUUUUCAGCAAGGUGUCAUCAGUGGUCAUCUGGGUAAUGGCACUGAUCUUCUCAAUACCAGAAAUGACCUUCACCAACGUCAAUAACAACACCUGCACCCCCUACUCCAGCAAUUAUGACCGACUCCGUGUCAGCCUCCAGGCCAGCCAGAUUAUUCUGGCUUUCCUGCUCCCUCUCCUGGUCAUGAGUUUCUGUUACAGCAGUAUUGCUCACACCCUCUGCCAGGCUCGUAACUUUGAGCGAAACAAGGCAAUCAAGGUGAUCAUGGCUGUUGUCACUGUCUUCCUGGUUUGCCAGUUGCCUUAUAACCUGCUCUUAUCCUGGAACAUAGUUGAAACAGCAAGAGGAGGAGCCAAAGACUGCGACUACGACAACCGUCUCCUCUAUGCCAUCGAUGUCACCCAGUGUGUGGCCUUCCUGAGGUGCUGCCUGAACCCUUUCGUCUACGCCUUUGUUGGUGUCAAGUUUCGUCAUGACCUCCUGAAGCUGCUGAAGGACUUCGGCUGCAUGAGCCGGGAGAGGUUCUACAGGUACACCUGUGACAGGAGGAGGAGCUCGGGUGCCACAGACACUGAGACCACCACCACCUUUUCACCGUAA